AUGGAAAUGAACACGCCUGUCAGACCCCUGGUCCUUACAACCCCUCCACCAGUGGUGAAACCGAAAUAUAAACGACAGUAUAUCAGCAGUGAUGAGGAUGAAGAAUUUGUACCUGCAAAACUUUACUUUCCUCUAGCCGUGCAUGAUGAAGAAACGCGGCUCAACCAGGAUGCCAUGGAAGGAUCCUCAACCUGGCAGCCAUGCGAGGAUUCUCAAGUAUGGGAUGGGCUACUGGAAGAACUGCCAGAUUCCUGGAAACUGGUCCCUGCAGAGAAUUCCCCAGCACAGCCCCUGGCCACCACUGGUGAUGAAGCUGCAAGUACCAGCAGGCCAUCUAUUGCGGAGGAGGAGGAGGACAGCCAGAUCUGGGACAUUCCAGACGCUUUAAUAAUAGCCGAAAUUCCAGAUUAUCGAGAUCCAAUCUCCACAGAGAAUGCCCAGACAGCGAGCCAAACAGCAGAAGCUGCAAAGCCACUCUCUUUUGGAAGAUCCCCUGGUGAAAGAAUUAUGGCAGCCAGAAAAUUGCUAAAAAUGAAAUCUAUUGAGAAUACAGCCUCUAUUACACCUUGGCAACGUGAGCAAAACAUGAGGAGCAUUAUAAGAGCAACUGUAUAUGGUGUUGUCAAACAUUGUAUGAGUGAAUGUGCAUAUCAAUCCUGCGAGGGCUGUUGUUUAGAGGCCCCAGCCCAGGCGGCCCACCAAUGUCUUGAGUGGACCCAUAAAACAAUAGACAGAAAACUUAAAUUUGUAUGUAGUGAACUGUGCGCAAAUCCUAUAGUUUUAUUGAUAAUGUCAAUUGCGUAUGCUACGAAAUGUUUGUCAUUCACGCAAGAUCACAUGGAUAUGGUGUAUGAUUUAUUAAAUAAAAUUGAAGGGGCAGUUAAUUCACAUCAGGCUCUUGAAACCAUCCUGCAACCCACAGAUAAGGAAACCUUAAAAAUUGUAAAAAGUAAUAUUAAAGACCUACAUUAUAAGUCCUUUUUUUCGCGCCAAAAGACUCCAAAAUUAAAUGGGGUCACAGUGAUGUAA